CAGCAUUUUUUUCGCCGACACCUGGAAUGCGCUUGUUAUUAAAAGUGGGACGGCAGUUGGCACUGCGGCGGCGGAUACCACAGCGGCCAACCAGACCAUGCAUACGCUGCAAACACACAAUAGUUUUCGAGAAUGAGGCCGAGACGGAAAUUGCGCGCGAAAUUAAAAAGAACCUCGACCAGCUCAAGGUCACCCAGCUCAACGACGUAAUGCGCAGCUGCGGACUCACUCAAGGCACAGGGCGGGCGUACAAGCUCGAAUCCCUAAGCGCAUUCAUUCGUGCGUCGCAGGAGCUGGCGCUGAGCCGGCAUUUCGGGCGGUGUCAGCGCAAGGCACGCAAGGCUGAGCGCAUGCACAACGCAUUUAUCCCCGAGGAAGUCGUCUCUAUCGACAUUGGGUUCCGCAACUUGGCGUUUGUCCACAUGUCAAAGAGCGGCGAGGUGAUCGAGUGGCGGCGGAACGAGUUGCUGAAAGAGGCAACCUUUGAGCCGUGGAUUCUGGCCGAGGUUGUGCAAAGGUUUGUCCAGGAGCGGCUGCCGGUACGUCCAGCAUCGGCAUGUACGUAUAUUAUCGAGCACCAGCGGUUUCGGUCGCAGGGGUCGGCGGCGGUGACCAAUUCGGUUAUGGUCAACAAUCUUGUCGAAGCGUUGCUGUAUGCAAAUCUGCGGAAUGUCGGCGCGCACGUCGAGCCUGUCAGUCCGAGUCUGGUUAGUGCUCACUGGGGGUUCAUUGACGGGAACGGCACAUCUGGCUCAGAUCUCACUGAAUCUGCAGACGGUACUAAGCUGGCUAAGCGCCGAUCCAAGGCCAAAAUGACAAAGAGCCAGCUUAACAGCGAUCUAAGCCAGCUGAUUGUGCGCAUGGAUGAGUCGCUGAGCACGCAGCGGCAAAUAACCAGCGACCAGCAGUCGCUCAUCAUGCAGGCAUUGGGCGAGAAAUCGCGGCGCCGAUCUACGCGCACUGCAACGCACGACCUCGAGACCCUGGCUCUGGAGACAAACUCACAUCUGAGCAAAGUACGCGAGCUGCGCCGCCGUGCGAUCAAGAAGGAACGCACCAUCGGCCUGAUCCAGAGCUGGAUCCUGGAGUCACUGGUAACCCAUGCGAACCAGAAUAGCCUGCCGGUGCAAAGCCCUAUGCUUUCGAAGGAAAUUAAGAAGCUAGGAGGCGCGCGGAGUGCUGCGCAUGUCCUGCCAGGCGGCUUCCACGUCACAUUUCCGCUGAGCAUGAUUCGCAUGUUUGGCAGCGAAAGCAAGAAGGACGACUUGUGUGACUGCAUUUUACAGGCUGCGGCGUGGUAUGCCUGGCAGCAUAACGUCAUCGAUGCACUCAAUACAUAUGGCAGCACGCAGCUAUUAAGCGCUGCCUCUGCAUCAGCAUUCCGAUAAAAUCGCCGUCUCGUUAGGAGAAACCACUGGUGUUCGACGCAUAGCUGAAUCGUGACUGACUUUUUUUUUUUUUUCUUGAUCUCGG